AGAAGGUUCGAUACACGAUCCUGUUGAACAAGAAAUAAAAUUAUUAAAAGAAGAGGUUAAUUUAAUUAAAAAUUUGUAUGAAAAAGAAGUGAAAUCACUAAGACAAGAAUUCGAUUCAUUCAAGAAAUUGAAUGAGAAGCAAAAAAAGAUCAAUAUGUUGAUAACAGAAAUUUGUACAAUGUUAAGCAUAGAUUCGAAUAAUAAUUUACUAAGGAUACAUAACGCUUUAAUACCAAAUAACAACACAAAUAAUUUAACAAAUCAAAAAGAAAUCAUCAAAUCGAUAUGUGAUGUACUUGAUAUAAAAUAUCUAGAAAAUAACAAGAAUCAAAAUCUUAUAAUUUUUAUUUAUAAAAUGAGUUAUAUUUUUAAAAAUUUAGGUAUUCAUAUUACAGUACAUGAACCACGUGAUAUUGGUACUGUUCAAGGUGUUGGUAAUCCUCGACAAGGAGUUUGUAAAGAUUAUCCAAAUGGCAAAACAAUCCGAUUCUAUGUACAUAAUGGAAAACAAUCUGGCUUUUCAACUACAGAUCAUCAUCAAAAUUUAAUAAAUCAACUUCAAAUCACCGAAAAUUACAUAACUA